CGAAAACGACGAAGGAGACUUGGACGGCGAGGGCGAAGAGAAAGACAACUUUGCUCCCGAAGGAACUGACCCCCCUUCCACCUCCGCUCCUGUUGUCACUACCGCCACAAGCAACCAGCUACCUGAAACUCAACCCCUCCAAGAUCUGUCACCCGAAUUACCCAAGGUCACGCAGUCGUCGCCUGUGCAGAUGCCUGAGGCCAAGGGUACCCCGAAGAAGGUGGACGUCCACCUGCCUGGGCCGUCACCGAGACGGUCUGCGAGUCGUCGUGGGUCUGAUGUAGCGAGUAUCAAGCCGCCGAGCAAGUCCAAGAAACCGCAUAGUCGCAAGUCCUCCGUUGCAUCCCUGCAACGCUCCGCACUGGAUAUUACCGUCGAUGACUCUACUGAGGCCAAUGGUGCUACCGAACAGGCGGUUGACGCAGCAGCCAACUCGGACGACGAUGAAAACGGGUCUGUAGGCGAGUCAUCGAACGGCGUCCGUGUCCGGAGAAGCGAGGCAGCGCGCAUUCAAGUCUACAAGGACCACCCCGACUGCGACGAAUUUGAGGCGACGCGCGCGCACUGCUCGCGCUGCGACAAGUGGAUCAGCCUCGGCAAGCGCUCGGCGUACUCGCUCCGCCCCUGGGAGAUGCACCGUUCGAGCUGCGAUAAGAGGCCGCCAAAGGAGAAGAAGGAUCAACCAGCGACCUCCCCGCUUUCCAAGACGACCCCGCCGGCGACCGAGAACGGGGAGACUGAGGCUGCCCCGUCGCCCAGCGCCAAUGAAGUGCCGGAGCCGACACCUACCCCCGCUGAGAGCGUCACAUCAAAACCGACCCCGCCUCCUGAAGGAAAGGGGCUGUCGCCGUCAGCGGCGCGGGACGACACCCCGAGCAAGGCGGCGAGGAAGAACGAGUCGCAGAGGCGUGCCGAGUUGGAAAAUGAUCCGAGGGCGGAGGAAGUGAGGCCGAAUGAGGUGCUCUGCAAAGGGUGCAACAAGUGGAUCAAGCUGUCGAGCACGACGGCGUACUCGCUGGGGAACUGGAACGUGCACCAGCAACGGUGCACGGGUGCAUCGACUAAUUCGAGAGUUGCGACGACGGAGAGGAAGAUCAAGCUUUUGAAUGACCCGCAGGCCAAGUCGUGUACCCCACGGAGCGUGGAAUGUGUCAUUUGUCGUGAGACUGUGCACUUGGAGAGUCCCGUCGACUAUGAUUUGGCUAAAUGGGAGGAGCAUAAAAUCGAUUGCCAGCUAACGUCACCGUUAGCCCGCUCCACAUCGUUCGCAAAGACGCCCAUGGGUGACCGUAGCUGGAUAUCGCAAGGUUCCAUGGACAAAUUAAAUUCCUGGGGUUCCCCGAUGGUGCUGGGUAAACCCGCAUUUCAAGGAACCUGGUCUCAAGAACCGAACGGUAUCUCCGCCUCCACCUUGCAAACUCCUUUCUUGCAAACUCCUCAGACGAGCAAGAAAAGAGCACGCGAGGACGAAGGUGAAGGCGAGACGGAGGAAGGCCCAGGAUCUGCCAACCGCCCGCGGAAGGAGUCGUACGAGGCUCCGCAAGCGGAGGCGCCUAGCCCCUGGGGCUGGUUUAUGCAGCCGUUCAAGGCGUUCGUACAGGGUUUCCGGGAGGGUCUCGGCCUCUCGGAUUCCGUGCCGGCGUCAACAUCGAGAGACGCGCUGAGUCCACUCGACGCGAUCGACUGAUGAUCUCUACGAUAUGAAUGUUACGCGCCGUGUACUAUUGUUUUGGAUAAAUCAGUAGCUUACUAUUUAUCAUUCGCUUAUUUUUGUCCAAGUUACAACAUGCUUUUGUCUAUGCCAGUUCUAUAGAAUCUCCACGUUCAUUUCAUGUCGGC